AUGAGCCGCUUGAAGUUAGUUCGUGUUGGACUUCCAUUUUUCGCGAUAGUCUUCGGUAGUGCGUACGGCUUGCACUUUUUCCAACAAGUACGAUUUGAUUUUCGCCAAAUCAAACAAGAAGAGGAAAAUCUCGAGAUUUUGGUUAGUGCAAUUUCAUUAAUUAAAUUCAGUAUUAUUUUGUGUAUAUUUUUUAUAUUCGGUGAAAUGCCGCUCUUUCAUGAAAUUUCGUAAAAGUUGCGUACUUUUACCGAUUAAUAAGAGUAUAAUUUUUCAGAGAAGUGAUCUUGUGAAAAGCGGAGUCCGGCUACGCCAAGGAGUUACUCUAGAUAGUGUUUAUAAGGUAAGUUCACCGUGUAUCCUCCACUUCUCACUCAGGUAAAUCGUUUGUAAUCUAGCUAGCUAAUUCGCGUUUCUAACCGGUCCGCUAAUUUACUGCGAUUAGAUUGCAAACUCUUCUAACUGGACUGAUAAAUGUUCUAAUUAGAUUGCAAAAACACUGAUAUUAGAUUCAAAAUUUAUCUAAUUAGAUUAAAAUUUCAGGCAAACCUAGAUAGAUUAUGUUUAGAUUGCAAAAUCAGCUAGCUAGAUUCAGAAAUCUGUAGCAAUCUAACUAGGUCCGGUUAGAAACGUGAAUUAGCUAGUUAGAUUAGAAACGAUUUGCCUGAGCAGACACUUUUUGCUUUACAGGAGAUCGCUGAACUAGACACAGACAACUGGGAUAAUAUCCGUGGUCCGAGAGAUACUGAAGAUUUGACGGAAUAUAAUCUUAUCAAGUAAGCCAGAUUCUGUGCCGGCGAUCAGAUUUUUUGAUAGAAAGUUCAAAUUCUCAAUUUCUCUGGUAAAUGGAUUGCGAUUUAAUUAGAACUCAUUCGAAUCUGAUUGCAAUUAGAUUCCCAUAUCAGAAACGGCUAAUUUUGAAUAUAAUUAGGAAAUAUCAGCAUCUAAUUAUGAUAUUUGAUCAAAUUUUACAUCUAGUUUACGAAUCUACUCGGGCAAAUCGUUUGUAAUCUACUUAAGAGAUUUCGUAUUCUAAACAGAGUUCCGAACUAGAUGAACACGGAAUCUAAACUAAAUCUAGCUAGAUUUGACCGAAAUGUUAAUCUAAUUCGAUGAAUUCUGAAUCUAAUAUCAGUGUUUUUGUAAUCUAAUUAGAAAAUUUAUCAGUCUUGUUAGAAGAAAAAAAAAUUUAAUCGCAGUAGUAAAAGAUUAGAAACUGCGCAGUAAAUUAGCAAUGUAAGUAUUAUAUUAUAGGGGCAUCGGACAGAAAGGGCGCGCUGUUCGCAAUCUAGCCGAAUUUCUAGGCCGCGAAGUAAUUUUCCACUGAAAACGUGGCCUAACUUUUCAAACUCGGCCCCGAGGUUGCUCAAUUUGCAGUGCAAAAAGAGUUUCUCAACAGAGCGCCAUUUCUGUGCGGUGCCCCUAUAAUAGGUCCGGUUAGAAGCAAUAAUUACCUAGCUAGAUUAGAAACGAUUUGCCUGAGUAAUCGAAGGAUGUUUCACGGUUACUGUGUUAUUAUCAGAUGUGAAUGAGUUCUAAUUAAAUCGCAAUCGAUUUACCUGAGUUGUGUAUUUUUGACGGUAAACGAUAAAGCGCUCGUAUAAAAUAACAAAAAGCAUAGGUGUUUUGAGUUGAACGCCGGCAGUUCGGGACAGGCGAAAUACAAUAAAACGAAGCUUGGAUAAAAAAUUUUGAAAAAUUUUUUUACCUUUUUCACGGGGGUAGGUCUUAUGGUUGCCGCUGGUUCGGAAAUUUCAAUCCGACCACCAAAUUUUUUGGCGUUUCUCAAACAUCCCGCACCUAUGCAAAAAAUACAAAAGAUAAACAUUUAAAAAUAUUUUUUAAUUCUAGAAAACGACAACAAGAUAAAAAUAAGGAACUGAGACAGCUGAAAACGAAUGUCUGAACAAAUUCCUGACAUUGACUCCAUUGAGCAGCUUCGUACCACAACUGGCCAUCGUCCAGAUCUUGGUAUUGAAAAUCCGCCAGAACCCGACAACGCUUCGAUCAGAGCUGAACGAGGUAAAUUGUUUGCCCUGCCGAGUAAAAUUCGACACCAGGCCCGGGAAAUCUGUGGCAUAGCGAAAAUUUUCUCCUACGAAUUGCAGUCCUUCCAGGCUCUCCGACUCCGUCCUCGGUAACUGUGGAUAACACGCCCUCCUUUUCGGACCGUCCCAACUUGAGCUUGCCCUGUGUCAGUGAUCCGUUCAGUAACGAUAUUUCAGAGGUAUUCUGAAUUUUCAAAAGUCGAAGCCGUCUCUUUUUUUAAGGUUACAGCCCCGUCAUCUGCAGUCUCUCUUUCCAGUCAGGCUCUGUCUGAUCCUGAGGCUACAUCUGGAUCACCUCGUUAUCAACACACAGCACUAACAACUAGUGCAAAGCAUACGGUGGAUCCACAAGAGCCUAACGAAGUGAACAGCGAGUUUCUUGCACACCUACUUGAUCUGGGCUUCGACGAAUUCACCGCCGGUCUGUCUCUCAAACGAACAAACAACGCAGGAGUAGAACAGGUAAUCUUAAAGGACGGGAGAAAAUUGCAAAAAAUAAUUGACGAAUUAACCCGAAAAGCACAGAUAAUUUUCCCGAUUUUUCUAGCAGAAAAUUUCUGUUCAUUUUUUCAAUUUUUGAAACAAAUCAUGUUUAAAAUUAGCUUCUAUAGCUCUAUCCACUCUAACCCAAAAAGUUACUCGCUGUAAAAAGUUAAUUUCAGGCCGUCGCGUGGAUUGUUGAACGUUCAAACGAAAGUGAUUUCGACGAAGAUUCGAGUAGCAGUGAAACCGAGGCAGAAACGGAAAUGGGUGCAGCCCAACCGAUAUGUAUGCUCAUGUUUUAUGGGGUUAUUCAGGCUGUGAAAAAAAAUGAUUGUUUUCCGUUUUUUUUUUCGUUUUUUUUUACGUCAAAAAAUCCAACUCAGCGAUGUAAAAAAAAAACGAAAAACAAACAUACGCAUUAAUAACGUUUUCAAUAUUUGCAUUUUUUCAGUCGGACGAACUCAUAAAAUGGUAUUAGUGGCCAAUUUGAGCCUGAAGAUGGGAACAGGCAAGCUUGCUGCCCAGGUCGGUCAUGCUACCCUCGGAGUUUAUCGUCAAGCAAUGAACUCUGAGGCCGGACAAAACGCGGUUGCGGCUUGGACAAGACACGGGCAAGUGAAAAUCGUCGUGCGUGGACACAGUACCGAACAACUUAUGGAUCUGUGCAAAGCGGCAAAGGAUGCCGGCUGCUUUUACUAUUUGGUUCAAGACGCUGGAUUCACUCAAAUCCCUGCCGGUUCGCGCACUGUUCUCGGCAUUUUCGGCACAGUCGAGGAAGUCGAUUCAGUUACCGGUGGACUUAAGUUGCUUUAG